GGAGUUCAUGGACACUCAUAACACAAAAUGAGCCACUGAGAAGACAUUAAGCUGCUUGAGGAGUGAAACCAGAAGAACCUCUCACUACGGAAGCCCCACCACCCCAUCAUUGGGUCACACACAGAAGAAUCAUGUGGGUUCUGGAGAAGAUUCGGAGCUCAGUGGAGACCAACGUGCCUCGUCAAGGGGAGGCAGGCGACAAACAGGACAAAGCCCCCAUCUACAGCAACGUCCUCACCCCUGACAAAAUCCCUGACUUUUUUAUCCCUCCUAAGCUGGUAAGCUGCCCACCAGAGGCUGAGACACCGGACGUCAAGCCCAAGGAAGGUCUGCGGCCCUCUACCUCGGAGCAGACCAUUGGCAACAAGAUCCUCAGCAGCCCUCGGAGUCCCCGCCUGGUCAGCAAGCUGGCUGGAGACACAAAGAACCUUCUGAAGGCCGCCAACCGUCACAUCAUUCAGAUUGAAAGCGCAGAUGACGUUGUCGCCGGCGAUACCAAUGCCGAUCCUCAGUCCCAGACGGCCAUGUCUCUACCAUAUAUCCCAAAGACUCAGACAUCCUAUGGGUUCGCCACACUAAUGGAGAGUCCCCACACUCGCCGGAAAGAAUCCCUGUUCCACUGCGACCACACAAGUCCCGUGACUUCUCCGAACACCCAGCGCAGAUCCCAGAGCAAGAGCAGCACGGACAACAGCCAUCUGAACCCUGUGGAUUUCAACACGUCUCACAUCAGCCCAUAUCGCUACUUUAGCGGGGGCGAGAGUGACACUUGUUCCUCAGCGGAAUCGUCCCCAUUCAGCUCCCCACUGCUGUCCCGUUCUGCUUCCCUGCUCAAGAUCUUCACCCAUGAGACCCAGGCCAAGGUGGUCAAAGCCAAGAGGACGUUUGCCCGGCACAGUUCGCUCUCCACAGAUGAGUGCAGUUCGGCAGAGCCCAGCCCCAGUGUGCCCAGAAGAAUCCACUGCCCCUCAGGAGGUGGUCCUCUGGACCAUCAUGGAAGGGACAGGCAGCAAAGGGAGCACAUGGUCAACCUCCACAAGGGUGGCACAAUCCGGCUCUGCGCAGACUAUGACGCGGGCACUGCCCGCCUGCGGAUACGCAUCGUAGCGGCCGAGGACCUCUACGACCAGAUGUUCGACAUCAAGAGCAUCAACUGUUGCGUAUCGCUCUACCUCAACCCAGGCAAGCUGCAGAAGCAGCGGAGCACCAUCAUCAAGAACAGCCGCAAUCCUGUCUUCAACGAGGACUUCUUCUUUGACUCGGUUAGCUCGGCGCAGGUGAAGAACCUUGCUCUGAAGAUCAAAGUGGUGAAUAAAGGCACUAGUCUGAAAAGGGACAGCUUGCUGGGAGAGAGAGAGGUCCCUCUGGGGAAGCUGCUGCCUGGUCUUUAAAGCUCUACACAGGGACUUAUGAGGGCUUAGUGUCUUCAAAAGGGAGCUAGUGGACCCUGGAGUAAAUAGCUAAACCUGUUUUCAUGUAGCAUCAUCCACUACUUGACUGGGCAGACUCACUUAUGACUACAUCUACCAUAAAACUCUAGAGCUUGGUACUCAUAGCAAGUAAAU